AUGUCCUAUGACCGCAGUGUUGCCACCUGCAAACCUUUGCAUUAUACAUCCAUCACGAGCAGCAACAUUUGUCAAUCAGCUUGUACUCAGUUCUUGGGCACCUGGAUUCUUGAAAUCUCAUUCACAACUGCCUGUGUGCCCACCUAUCUGCACAUCAUAUCAAGUGGGGACAAAACCAUCACCAUCAGUGCCUGCUUCAGCCAAAUCUUUUUUAUCAUCCUCUUUGGAGCUACAGAAUUUUUCCUCUUGGCAGUGAUGUCCUAUGACCGGUACGUGGCCAUCUGCAAACCCCUGCAUUACAUGAGCAUCAUGAACAGCAGAGUGUGCAGGAAUCUCAUCCUCUGUUGCUGGGUAUCUGGCUUAUUGAUUAUCCUACCACCCUUUGGCCUGAGCCUCCGUCUGGAAUUCUGUGACACUGUUAUUGACCAAUUUUUCUGUGAUGCUUCUCCAAUCCUGAAGAAUUCCUGUUCAGAUACAUGGUUCAUAGAGCAGCUGAUUGUAUUCUCUGGCGUGUUGACUUUGAUAGUGACCCUUGUGUGUGUCGUUCUGUCCUACAUAUACAUCAUCGGGACGGUCCUAAGAUUUCCAUGUGAAGUUGUGUCCCUUCAUAGAUUAGGUCAUUGGAGACGUGUAGCUUCUAUCUUCUUUUUUGGAACAUAUGCUCUAGAAGAGUCCAGGAGUUAUGUGAGAAGCUCAUAUACCCUGAGACUGCCAUGCAGUGGAAGCCCAAGCUGGCCAGAGACACCUAUGAUUACCCCCCAUCUCAUCCAGCCAUCUUCGCUGUAG